AUGGAGAAGGAUCCAGCCACACACAGGAGGCACCGGCCGGGCCCUGGGGCCCUGCCCUCAGGAGUGGCCCCUGGACAUCUCAAGGCAGCCAGUGAGGGGGCCGAGCUCCAGAGGAGCCGGAGCAUGGGUGGCUUGCACCAGAAGGGAGACCCCCCAAGCCGCAUCAGGAAGCUGCGCAGGGAGCCGGAGUCUGAAGACCAGGGGCAAGACCCAAGGAGGGAUGCAGAUGAUACCAUCUGUCAGGCAAAUCUAGAGGAAGACAGGAAGGAAAAGAAUCAGGAUGCCCUGGGAAGCCUGGACCUUGAGUGUGGGAAAACGGAGUCAGAGGUUGAGAAGAGCGACUCAGAGACCAGCACCAAGGAGGAGCAGGCAGGAGCAUGUGCAGGCAGCUGCGUCCUGGAGGCUGAGGAACAAGAGCUGGAGUCCGUGAAGCUGAAUGAUCUUCUGAAAAAAGAGAAACCAUCUGCACUCGUGGAGAUUGACCUGGGAGAUCAUGCCGAGGAGGUACAGACAAAACCCUCACCACCUACCCAGAAAGUGCCUGUACCCAGACUGGGCUGGGCAGGUUUGGGGGACUUGCCCAUAGCAGGCCUGUUCAGAGGCACUGUCAUCACCAUCAUCACCAUCACCCCCCCACCACCAGCAGCAGCAUCACUGUCAUCCCCACCAGCACCACCCCUCAUCCCCAGUCAUCACAUCAUCUCCCAUCAGUACUACCAUCACCACUAUCACCAUGACCCACAGUGGCAUCAUUAUCUGUACAUCACCACCAUCACCAUCAUCAUUACUGUGACCACCCGUGCUGUGAGAGAAGAGAAGUGGGGCGAGAUGGACAUAGGGGAUUUGUCAGAAGACGAGACCAGGACCAGCUGGGUGUGCUGCAUCCCUUACCCCACCAAAAGGAAGGCGGAGGGCUGUGUGGCAACCCUGGAGAAGAGUGCAGCCCUGAGACCAUCGGCCGAAGCCCUGGACACUGGGCGCGACGUCAAACUUCAAAAGACGCAGGGCACAGCCUUUGUGGCCUCCAUCGACGACUUAACGUCGAGCUCCGGGCUCAGGAAGCUGACAAACAGGAAAUCCCCGUUGGACCCUCCUCUGGGACCAGGGUUCUGCCUGGGGCCCAGUGCCUUAUGGGAGAAGCCCUGA